AUGCUUAGUCGAUCUAUACUGAAACAGGCGGUUUUAUUACGAAGCGUGAAGAAUGCUGCGACGAAUCUUAAACAAAUAAGAAACGGUGGCCAUGGUACCUGGACAUACAGAGCACCACCACCAUUGGCAUCUAAGAAGGAGACUUUGUUAGCAGAAGGUCUCGGAGGCCUUUGCUGGUGGUGGAUUCUUUACCAUAUUGCAACAGAACCAGAACAUAUCUAUGGUGAAUGGCCAUACAUUGAUCCUAGUACAUGGACAAAUGAGGAAUUGGGCAUCCCAGACGAUACUGCUGGUCCCUUGAAGAAGUAA